UUCCCAGGCUCUAGCUUGUUAAUCAAUCAUGCGCCCGCUGGCUUCUGAUUGGCCCAGCCGGGAGACGCGAAAUGCGCGCAGCAGACUGUGUGGAGAUGACAACCUGGGAGCCAGUGCUGCACCGUGUGGUGGAGACUGGAAGGGACAUCUGUUUGGUUGUCACUGAAGUCGCCCACCGAUCUUAAAGUGGAAAUCUAUUACUCUGGAGGAAAAAUGAACUGCAGGAGUGCAUGCUGUAACCGCUGGACAUCUGAGGAGAGGUUGGAUGGGAAAACAGUGAUCAUCACCGGAGCCAACACCGGUAUCGGCAAAGAAACAGCAAGGGAUCUGGCAAGAAGAGGCGCCCGCAUCAUCAUGGCGUGCAGAGACGUGGAGAGGGCCGAGGAGGCGCGGAGCGACAUCUUGGAGGACACGGGCAAUGAGAACAUCGUCAUCAGGAAGCUGGAUCUGUCCGACACAAAGUCCAUCAGGGCUUUUGCUCAAGUUAUUAACAAAGAAGAGAAGCAAGUGAAUAUCUUGAUAAACAAUGCAGGCAUCAUGAUGUGCCCUUACUCCAAGACUGUGGAUGGCUUUGAAAUGCAGUUUGGAGUUAAUCAUUUGGGUCAUGUCCUCUUAACCUACCUGCUGCUUGACCUCAUCAAAUGUUCAGCUCCGGCCCGCAUUAUCGUCGUGGCGUCGGUGGCCCACACUUGGACUGGCCUUCGACUUGAUGACAUCAACAGUGAAACGAGUUAUGAUGCUAUUAAAGCUUACGGACAAAGCAAACUGGCUAACGUCCUGUUUGCACGCUCUCUUGCCAAACGGCUACAAGGAACUGGUGUCAGCGUCUUUUCUCUGCACCCGGGAGUGGUCCAGUCUGACCUGUGGCGACACCAGCACCAGUGCAUACAAGUGGCAGUGAAGAUCUUCCGAAUUUUUACCAAGACAACAGUGGAGGGAGCACAGACCACCAUCUUUUGUGCUGUGGAACAAGGCCUGGAGAGCCAGAGUGGAAACUAUUUCAGUGACUGUGCGGCUGCACGCUGCUCAAGGACUGCUGCUAAUGAUGACUUGGCCCAGAGGCUGUGGGAGGUGAGCUGCGACAUGCUUGGCAUCACCUGGCAGUGAAGAGCUGCAGACUAACUACGUGUUAUACAUAUCACAUGUCGAAAGCACUGUUAUGCACUUUUACGAAUCUAUGACUCAUUUGAGAAUUUUGGCCGUUCUGAGUGAGGUUGAGUGUGAAGCAACGAGGACUGCUUCAAGUUUUUCUUUCAUUUUCCGUCAACAGAAAGAAAACACAUGUUCAAUUUAAUCAGAAUUUACUGAAUUAUUUCCGAUGUGAAACCUUUUAAAGCAUUCCAGAUACAUAGAGGUUCUAAGUAUUUGUUUGUUGUGUAUCUUGUACUAAAGCGGUGCUUUGUCAUGAGAAUAAGUCAGCCAGUAUGUUAUGCUUUAAUUUAGUUGAAUAAGACCUGAGCUGCUAACGUCAUUACAUGUUACUGCUGUUUAAUUUUUUUUUUAUUACUAAGAUGGAAUGUAGCAUUUGCUUAGCUAUAUUACAACAAAGUUUGAACAGACUCAAAAAUGCUGUUAUAAGGCUAUUUACUCUGUAUUUUUAUUAUUUGCAUUGUUUACAUGUUAGUUGUUUUCAAAGAAGAUUCUGUGAACUGUUACUUAAAGAUGUUACUGAUGGUAAUUCCUCAAUAGAUACUUACACAAAUAGUCUAAUUUUUAACAUUUUUCAAAGAGUCAGCGAGGACAGAUUCCCCUGAAGGUAGAACGCGUUGAAAAUUUCCUUUUGUUAGAAUCUUUGUUCCCUUUGUAAAGCUCUCUGUAUAUCUAUUGAUCAGUAAAAGUCCAAUCCAUGUAAACAGUUUUAUAUCGAACUGUAUUUUGCAUCUGGUUUAUUCAGACAUUCUGCAGUUUUUAAUUUUUUUCCCUCAAAAGAAGGCAAAGUAACAUCAGCGAAAUGCAUGACUGAGAUAAUGGGUUGCAAAAGAAUAAGCUUAUAAAGUGUCAGCCUGCUGAAAUUUGACAGUAAUGUGAGACAUGCUAUAUAACAGGAUGUUUCUUGACCAACAUUUUGUAUAGUUCUGCUCGUUAGUCAGAAAUUUAAGUACGGAUUUUUUUUUUUACCUUUUUCUUAAGCUAGCUGCUCCUCAUAAAGUUACAUGAAUGAAUUGCACACAAUUGUAGAUCAGAGUCUCUUGCUCUUUGAAGUUAGCCUUAUCAUCCAAAAUAGAUGGCACAAUUUAUGACCUCAUGAUUCAUUGUUUUUUUUUGUUUUUUUUUAAUGCAACAUGUAUAAAGGUAACAUUGUAAUCAUGCUGCUGACUCAUGUUGGCUUUAGGGAACCAGAGAGCGACUAAAAUGAACAUACCAGAACAAGAAAUCUCUAAUCUUAAUCUAAAUCACAUGAGGGGGUAAAUAUUAGAAAGAAUGUUGCAUGAGUAAUGAGAGGUAGUAAGAGUACUGAACACAUAACCACUCUGCAAGAGUGCUAAUAUGCAAAUAGACGGGGCUGACAUACCAAGAGAAAAUACAAAGCAAAUACUGUACUGCUUUUUAAGAAGGUAUUUGACAAAUAUUUUAAGAGCUGUGUUGUUUGACUGUAGUAAUGCAACAGUCUUAGAAUGUGGCCUCACAGAUUUUUUUCCUGCAUUUUCAGUCACUUGUUUCAUUUUUACUUGCUUUUUAAGUGGUUGUAAGAGUAGUAUCUAGUAUCACAAGAUUGUGCAAAAAAAAAAAAAAAACGUAUCUGCAGUUUAAUUUUUUGUCUGACCACCAGACAAGCAAAAUUGUUCUAACUACAUUUUUCCCCCCAAAGAUAAACUGAAGGAAAAUAUGUAGCUGCCUCCCAGUUUGCAAAUGCCUGCACAAGUCUAAAUCUGCAACUCGGUCAUUAGGAUGCCCUCUGCUGACCUUAAUGAGAUGUUAGACUUAAUUUAUUGAUAGUAAAGUUGUUUCAAAAAAUAUUUCAGGUAGGUACAAAGAAUAUGAAAUUAAUUUUCAAUGUUUCAAAGUAAGGAUGAAUAAAAAAGGAGUUUUGACUGUUGGAACAGAAAACGAAAUGCAUCUUAGACAAGGAAUUUACAGAAACAAAACCAAAAGAAGAACACAACGUUGUAAUACCCUAGAGAAAGGACAUAGGUUAUUUCUUUGUUGAAUCAUAAAUCUAAACUGGGAAAAUAGAUGAAUAAUAUUGGUUGGUACAGGUGCAAUAAUAGAUGAAUAGGU